GUAACAAGGAACGAUAUCUUCGUCAUUCGUUUUAAGAAUUUUAACUUUAAUAUAAAUUCCGAAAAUGCCUCCUAAACCAACCCCUGGGAAGAAAGGUGAAAAGAAAGCCGGUAAAAAGGCCGCGCUUGGUGACAAGAAGAAGAGAAGAUCUAAGAGAAAAGAAUCCUAUGCCAUCUAUAUCUACAAGGUCAUGAAACAGGUCCAUCCUGACACUGGUAUUUCCAGUAAGGCCAUGAGCAUCAUGAACUCCUUUGUCAACGAUGUCUUCGAGCGCAUCGCUGGUGAAGCUUCCCGUCUUGCUCACUACAACAAGAAAUCCACCAUCACAUCUCGGGAAAUCCAGACGGCUGUUCGUCUUCUUCUCCCUGGUGAACUGGCCAAGCACGCAGUCAGUGAAGGCACCAAGGCUGUCACCAAGUACACCAGCAGCAAGUAAAUCGGCUUUUGAAGCCAAAACUAUASAAAAACAGCUCUUUUAGGAGCUAACACAUGUAGUAAAGACGUGACUAUACGCUUAUAAAGGGUUUUAAGCCAGAAUGAAGAAGCAUACACAAUAUCAUAUGUAAAUAAAGAAUUUUAUCAAUUGAAAUAAAUCACAUUAACAAACAA